AUGUUUCACCGGCUGCAACUAUCAACGACACGAUCACCAAUCGGCCAUUCUUCAUAUUGUAUAACGUUCUCGCGCGCAUUUGGCAAGAGGCCAAGAAAGAGUUCCAAUGCCAGAAACUCAAGUCCGAUCACAAUCAACAUCCACAAUCUGAACUACACGCGGCUCAAGCGACUCGUCAUUGAACACAUCCGUGAACAAUCCCAACAUCAAUACCCGAAAUACCCCAUUGAUGUCAUAGCCGUCUACGCAGAGCACGAAUCAGCCCUCAGAUGGUAUUAUGCAGCUGUACCAAAGGCUUUGCCUGCACCGGUCGAUUUUGUCCACAGAGCCCUCACCGAAUCCAGUUUCGAUGCUUUUAUCAAGGAAGUAGAAGAUGCACCGGCCGACUACAGGUUGUGGAUUGAGAUUCACAUGUGUAGUCUCAACAAGAUCGAUAGACCGGAAGCAAUCAUCUCGGUCAUGGCUCCUGACCAAGAGGGACACCUUCAUGCUGCUACAAGCCGGCGACUGUAUGAAGGUGUUGCCCUUUUGGAGACAUCCAACUGCUUGAUUGACGACAUCAAUUACGUCCCAAUCAAGAGGGACUCGGGAGGAAGCCAUCAAUCGCCUGCAAAGAAGCGAAUCCGGAACGACGAGACGACAUCCACCAUGUUGUUAGGCGAAUUCUUAGCAUUGUGCAAUAUCCCAAUCGACAACAAGCACGUUUCCGAAAUGAUCGACAAGCAUGAAAUCUUUGACUGGAAGGUUUUCAUCGGCACGUCUCUUACCGAGUUGACUCAGCUCGGUUUCAAAUGGGGGCCUGCUCGAUCAAUCUUGGCUGGGGUAGCCAAGGCUACCGAGUCCGGAGAGCCCAAAAAAUGA